AUGGAUGAAGAAGAUUGUGAAACAACAGAGGAAGAAGAAGAAGAAGAAGAAAUGGAAAUGAACGACCAGAACACCGAAUUGGCAGCAAAACUUCAAGUAUCAAGAUUCGGAAUAUGUUAUGUUUGUGAAGAAAUAGGUCUAGAAUACAGCAGCAUAUACUUAUGUUGCGAGUGCGAGUCAAAAAUGAAUGAACUGGUUGAAAAGGCGCAAACAGUCUUCUGCCGUGAUGGAUGUCCCAAAAAUUGUUCUUCCUGUCUUCUUUCUAUUGUUUUUCAAUACUUGGACGUGAAUAAUAUUUAUGCAUAUGAGAAAAUCGAUUACAAUUUGGAAUUAAUAAUAGAGUAUGUGUAUGGAGGAUCGGAAGACAAGUUUUCGUUACAAAAUGGAAUUUUAAUUCAAUAUUAUGGAUUAUUCAAUUGGAUAUUUCAUUCGAUGUGUGGAAUCCACAAGAUACGCGAUGAUACAUGUCAAUAUACAAAAAACUGA